AUGUACUACCGCCAGCGAAAGAAAGGCCUUGUCCAAGAAGAGACAAGAGUUUUACUACGAGUACUGACUCGGAAAGUGAAAAGAGAAAUCGGAAGAUAUAAAACGGAAAAAUGGCAAAGUUUUCUAUCGACUGUACAAGAUUCUCAUGAUAGACCAGAGAAAGCCUUUUGGAACUACCUAUCUAGAGUAUACAAGCCAAAAACUCUUCCUUUUUCCAAACUGGCGGUAAAUGGAAAAUCAUUAUCAGAUGAACAAGUAAUUACAGAUGAACUCUACAAGUACUAUGAAGAACAAUUUCAACCUCCAUCGAUAGAUAAAAAUGAUCCGCACGAUGCUGAAAUUGAAAAAGAAUACAUCGAGAUGAAGAGAGUCUUGGAAGCAUCAAAUGAGCCUGUAAGAGCGACAAGUACCUUCGAGAUUACAAAAUAUAUUAAGAAAUUGAAAGGGAAGAAAUCGACUGGAUAUGAUUCAGUGUCCAACUACAUGCUCAAACUUUUACCACCUGGAUAUGUUGGCUGUCUUACAAAAUGUUUUAACAAGUGGUUAACCGAGUGUAGCUAUCCAGAACCUUGGAAGACAGCAAAGAUAAUCACAUUAAGUAAAUUAAAGAGUUCGACAUUGGGAGAGAGUCAACAACUGCUACCGAUUGAACAAUCUGGAUUUCGUCCAGGAUGUUUAUUGCCAACUCGGGUACUAUCUAUUUAUCAAGAAGUGAAAAAUAAUUUGGCUGGUAAUAUUCCAACACUUGCUAUCUAUUAUGAUUAUCAGAAAGCAUAUGACAAAGUGUGGCAUAUUGGACUCUCAGUAAAACUAUAUCGACUUGGAAUGCCACAUGGACUUCUUAAAAUGAUCGUGUCAUGGCUGUCUGGAAGGAAAGCGUAUAUUAAUUUCGGUAAGACAUCGUCUGGUGUGUUUCUUAUCUACAUUGGACUGCCUCAAGGAAGCUCACUCAGUCCCUACCUAUUCAUCGUUUCCCACACUGAUAUUAUCGUAUGUCUUGGUGCUCAUUCAACCCACAUAUUUGCUGACGAUUUAAAUGUGUUAAUCCGAUCACCGAUUCUUAAAGAUAUCAAUGCAAUGACUCUCUACCUUGAGGAAGAAGGUACAAAAGUGUGCAAUCAUAUUGCCGCCUAUUCGAAAAAAUGGAAACAACCACUUAACAUUACAAAGACAGUUGGACAGUUGUUCUACUCUCAAGUCAUAGCCAGGGGCGCAAAUAACGGGAGGGUGCGCACCCCGCGAAUAAUUGAAAAAGCUAUUGUUCUUUUACCCAUUAUUCCUCGUACAAAAACUUUUUUUAUCAAUUUCACACUACCUCAAAGAGAAAUUUUGUUUUACACCCCCCUAAUGUUCUGCUCCUAUUUGCGGCCCUGGUCAUAGCACCUGUGGUAAAUGUAUUUAUGGAGGACAUAAACUGGAAAUGGUGAAAGAAUUUAAAUACCUUGGCCUCAUUUGGUCGAGUAAACUAUCAUUAAAGCCAACUGUGGAUAGAUGUUUGGAAAAUAUUCAAAGAAGUUAUACAAAACUUAAAUGGAUGAAAGGUGGUAGAGCAUUGUCAAUAAUGGCACUACGGAAAUGUUUCUUCGCAUUUAGCUUUCGACAUUUUGUCGGGAUUUUCCCUUUCUUGCCCUUUUUGCCACGAACACAGCAAGAACUGCUGCUUCAAAAGUAUAGAGUUGGCAUGAGAUUGAUCCAUCGCUGUCCCUUUUCAAGUGCAUCUGAACUUUUCAACAUUAUUGAUGAAUUUCCCUUAGAGACUUAUGUACAACAGUAUAUAAAGAAACGAUUAGAAAAAAUUGAACAAACCGACCUUGGCCAAUCACUCUUCUACACAGAUGUAUUUUAUUGGGACACUUAUAAGAAACAAAAAGGCGACGACAUGGGACUUUUCUUCCGGAUGAAGGACUUGCGUGAUAGGCAUGAAUCUUUGCUGAUUAAAUGGAUAGACUUCAUUGAAAAUAUGUAAUCUGAGCUCCUUUUUGCAUCCCUAAUUUCUCUUGGGUGCUCCUUCUUCUAGCUUCUUCUCUCUACCUUUUUUUACCUUUUCAAUUUUAUAUACCCCUCUCUCAUUUUGCUGAAGUGGGAACACAUGUACACCUUUAGUGCUUUAUAGUUUUAUUUGCCUGUCACUAUCUACAAGCUGUUGCUAUACUGUUCAAUUGUAAGCACUCCCGAGUGUAACAAUAAACGCAAAUUUAAAAAAAACCAAAAAAACUAUGUCAUUUAUUUUCUACGAUAUGAAUAUAUUACUGUAAGAUCAGAUCUUUCGGAUUGUAGUACAAAUGAGGCAACUCACAAUCUUCCUGGGAGGGUUUUAGUUGCUUGUACUGCCAUUGAGAUAAUUGUUUCAUUCUCACUAACUCACGAAUAAAUCAGUAUUGUAAAUCAUUUGCCUAAUGAGAUUAUAAGUAAUUUUCUUGUAGGCACUAGUUUUUGCCAUAUACUCUUCAGAUUUCUUAUCGUAGGUCUCUGGUCUAUCAAGAUGAAAAAUUUUUGAUUUGUCCGUUUUUCGGAAAAUUACCACCUCUUGUUUCUGUUCCUGUUUGAAGUAAUUAAUCGCUUUCUCAAAGCUUUUCUCGAUCUUUUCACGGGAAUUCCUAUCAAAAAUUUCUUUCUCAACUCUAGUCGCAAAUGUAUCUACUACUUGUCGGGGGAUGUUUCGUGCGCGUAGAUUUUCAUUAAAUCUGAGCUGUAUCUCAUGUCGAUGGCUUCUACUUCAUAUGACAGACGAUGACGUGCCGUUUUAGGGUUAGGUUGAACAUAAGCAGGACCUUUAUUCAAUUUAAACGUUAUGAAAGAAGCGGGGUGCAACGUUGUGAAAGCAAGUUUUUGGUUUAAAAGUACAAUUUCUUCAUUUAUUAGAGCCUCAGAAAAGUUAUGAAAAGAAUUUGUUCUUGUUCGAAAUUGUACUUUUACGUAAGAAAUGCGUCGUAUGUUAGGAUACGACCG